AUGGAUCUGGUUCGCCAGCACGAGGCCUUCGAGCAGUCUCUCAUAGCCUGUGCCGACCGGGUGAAUGGGCUGGUCUACAAUGGCCGCAUGUUUGCCCAACAUGAUGAUCAGAAUCGUGACAAAAUUUUGGAAAAAUGUCUAGGCAUCGAAGACAGGUACUCGGGCAACAUGCACAGGGUCAGAGAGCUUGGUUCACAGAUUCAGCAGACCUUGAAACUCUUUGAGUUUUUCCAGGAGGUGGAGGAUCAUCUACCGCCUCAGAAGCACGUGACAACUGCAGUCAGACCUGAUUUCUGGAGCUCCACACCUUCCGUCUGCAGCCUGGGCCACAGUCUGACUUGCCGCAUACUUACGCUCUAUGCCUCUCAGCAACUUACCAUGGCGACGUGA